AUGUCUUUAGCGCAAAUCAAUGCCAUUACCUUAAAUGAAACUCAAUGUUCUUUUUUUUUUCUCUCACUUCCUAUUUUGGUAUUUUUAUGUUGCAUGUCAGUGUUUCUUUUUACCAGGAGUAUCUAAUUACUUUGCUUUUUCUUUGUCUUUUUGACUCACAAUGCUUUGUGACCAUGCAUAAAUUUCUUAACCGACAACACACUUAUUGUCCUUUUCUUUUUCUUUUACUUAUGCAAAAAUAUAAAUUACUUGCUUAAUAUGAAUUCUGAACUUGUUUUGAUGAAAUUAUUAUUAUUAUUUAUUUAAUAAAAAGGACUUUUUUUUUUUGGUUAAAAAAUGAAACAAGAAUCAAAUAACACUUUUAAGAUUCACUUGGUUUCAGUAUUUUGCUUUCUUUUCUCAUCUGCUUAAAUUUCAUUUGCCAUGUGUUGUUUCAGUGCAGUGUCUUUGUCUCUGAAAACUCAAGAUCUUGAAGGGCAAUGCUGUCUCUGAGAAGUGAUAGAAUCUUCAACAUGCAGGGGAUGAUUUCAAAGGCUUAAGACACCAAUGCUAUUUGUACAACCAUAGGUUGGAACUGUGUGAGCUGAUAUAGCAUGGCAUCUUCAUGGGAACAAUUUGGAGAGAUUGCAAAUGUGGCCCAAUUAACAGGCUUAGAUGCAGUAAAGUUGAUUGGGAUGAUUGUGAAAGCUGCAAAUACAGCAAGGAUGCAUAAGAAGAAUUGCAGACAGUUUGCACAACAUCUUAAGUUGAUUGGGAACUUGCUUGAUCAGCUCAAGAUCUCAGAGCUUAAGAAGUACCCUGAAACUCGAGAGCCUCUAGAACAACUAGAAGAUGCUUUGAGAAGGUCUUAUAUUUUGGUCAAUAGUUGUCAGGAUCGCAGCUAUCUUUAUUUGCUCGCCAUGGGAUGGAACAUUGUUUAUCAAUUUAGAAAGGCUCAAAAUGAAAUUGAUCGAUACUUGCGUCUUGUUCCUCUCAUUACUCUAGUCGACAAUGCUCGUGCUACUCGAGUCAGGGAGAGACUUGAAGUUAUUGAAAAGGAUCAAUGUGCAUACACAUUGGAUGAUGAGGACCAAAAGGUGCAGACUGUUUUUAUGAAACCAGAACAUGACAAAGAGGACACUGUAGUGCUGAAGAAAACUCUUUCAUGUUCUUAUCCAAACUUUUCAUUCACGGAGGCACUUAAAAAAGAAAAUGAAAAGCUUCAACUAGAGUUACAUCAUUCACAGGCAAAUAUGGAUAUAAAUCAGUGUGAGUUCAUUCAACGCUUACUAGAUGUCACAAAUUUCGCCGCUUAUUCUCUUCCAGAGAAGUUAUCACCUGAAGAUAACUACCAGAUUGUAGAAUACAGUAACAACAGUCAUUCUGAUGCCAAUGGCAGCAAAGGUCAUUCUUCUAAUGAAAAACACCAUAAAAAAAGUGAUAUUCUUUCAUCAUCAAGAACCAAAGUUUCAGAAAAGAAUCCGGUGUCAACUAGAAGUUCAUAUCAGCAGGAAGAUUGGCAUACUGAUUUACUUGCUUGUUGUUCUGAACCUUAUCUUUGUAUAAAGACAUUCUUCUAUCCCUGUGGAACAUUUUCAAAGAUUGCUACUGUUGCAACCAACAGACCAAUAUCUUCUGCAGAAGUAUGCAAUGACUUUAUUGCAUAUUCGUUGGUUUUAUCUUGUUGUUGCUAUACUUGCUGCAUAAGGAGGAAGCUUAGGAAGAUGAUGAACAUUCCGGGAGGCUAUGUUGAUGAUUUUCUUUCUCAUUUGAUGUGUUGUUCUUGCGCUCUUGUACAAGAAUGGAGAGAAGUGCAGAUUCGCGGGGUUUAUGAAGAACCUGAGAAGACCAACAUUAGCCCUCCAACUGCACAGUACAUGGAAUCUUAAACAACACACGUGUUGUAAUUUGGUUGAUUAGGGUGUAAAUACCAUAUCAAAUGUAGACAAUUGGCUAUUGGAUAUUUGGAUUUGAUUCUCACACUGUUUGGCAUCAGUACCUAUAUGUAAUGUAGCUUUUUAAUAUAUAGUUGGAUUAAUUUUAGCAUUUUUUUCA